CGGGACGCUCCGGCGUGGGGCGGGAGGGGAGCAGCCCCCGCCCCCUCCCGAGGCCGUCCGGGCUCGGAUAAAAUCAGCUGGAUUCAGUCGAGUUUACUUGCUCCAUGGGAACAGCAUAAGAGCUGGAGGUCAGUGCCUUACAAGCAGGCAGGAACAUUUCCAGUGGUGAAGCUGGACGAGGCCAGAACUACGGGGCCAGGGAAACAUGUCCCGUCGGAAACAGACCAAUCCAAAUAAAGUUCACUGGGAACAGGUAUUUGCUGGGCUGGAGGAGCAAGCCCGACAGGCGAUGAUGAAAACGGAUUUUCCUGGAGAUCUUGGCAAUCAGCAUCCAGCUAUCCAGCAACUGAGAGAUCAGGCCUCCAGUAGCAGCGACAGUGAGGGGGACGAAGAGGAGACCACACAAGACGAAGUCUCUUCCCACACAUCCGAGGAGGAUGGCGGGAUGGUGAAAGUGAAAAAGGAGUUAGAGAAUGCAGAGCAGAGUGUUGGAGGGAAUGAGGUGAUAGGGGACCACGAGGUCUCUGAACAUCUGAAUUCUGACCCCAUGCUUGGCCUCUGUCAGUGUCCCCUUUGCCAGUUGGACUGUGGUAGCCGAGAACAACUCAUUGCUCAUGUAUACCAGCACACUGCCGCAGUGGUGAGUGCCAAGAGUUAUGUGUGCCCCGUGUGUGGCCGCGCCCUCAGCUCCCCAGGGUCCCUAGGCCGCCACCUCCUCAUCCACUCUGAGGACCAGCGGUCCAACUGCGCAGUGUGUGGAGCCCGCUUCACCAGCCAUGCCACCUUCAACAGUGAAAAACUUCCAGAAGUACUGAAUAUGGAAUCUGUACCCCCCAACCACAGCGAAGGCCCCUCCAAUGCAGAGGGGAAGGACAUUGCCUUCAGUCCCCCCGUGUACCCCGCUGGAAUCCUACUGGUAUGCAACAACUGCGCUGCCUACCGCAAGCUGCUAGAAGCCCAGGCGCCUGGGGUCCGCAAGUGGGCUCUGCGGCGGCAGAACGAGCCCCUAGAGGUUCGGCUGCAGAGGCUGGAACGUGAGCGCACGGCCAAGAAGAGCAGGAGGGACAACGAGACUCCUGAGGAACGGGAGGUGAGGCGCAUGCGAGACCGGGAGGCCAAGCGUCUGCAGCGCCUGCAGGAGACGGAUGAGCAGCGGGCACGCCGCCUGCAGCGGGACCGAGAAGCCAUGAGACUCAAACGCGCCAACGAAACUCCGGAGAAGCGGCAGGCCCGGCUUAUCCGGGAGCGCGAAGCCAAGCGGCUAAAGCGGCGGCUGGAGAAAAUGGACAUGAUGUUGCGAGCUCAAUUCGGUCAGGACCCCUCUGCCGUGGCAGCUUUGGCAGCUGAGAUGAGCUUCUUUCAGUUGCCAGUGGGCAGUGUAGAGCUGGAGAGUCAGCUUCUGGGCAAGGUGGCCUUCGAGGAGCAGAACAGCAGCUCUGCACUGACCAGACCAGGUCCAUGCUGGCCAAUACGGACCAGUCCUCUGCCUGCUACAAGCCUCCAUCCCCACUGCCGGGGAGGCUCCUGGGUUUGGACCCGGCUUAGCUCAUGCCAUCACAUGUGCACCGAAGCUUCCCUUGCAUGCUGGAGGAGAAUGGGGACAAAGAGGUGGCUGGCUUAGGAGGCCCCGGAGGGGGCAGGCACUCCAGACAACUAGAUUCCCAAGCCGUGGUUGCAGGACAUGAUUAGUGCUCUGCAAGCUAGGUAAUGCCCUGACUUCAGAAGGGCAAAUAAAUUAAUUUUAUCUUUACUAA